UUUUCCUUUUUUUUUUUUUGGGUUGGGUUUUUGGCAAAUCAAUCACCAAUUCGCGACUUCAGGAAGCAAAGCAGAAGAUAUCAUCAAUAAAUUCGGGGAAAGAAACAGCCGGUAGAAGAUCCAAUAGUAGCGGUGGCUCCUCUCACUCGUGUGCCUCCGUGAAUUUUGACAGACAACAACCCACAAGAUCAUGGACUUCACUUCCCCUUCCAUUGACUUCAUCUUCAUCUUGGCCUUCAUCAUAUCCAUCCCAAGUUCACUUUCCGUACCAUUUAUCGUGCUUCAUGGCAUUGGAGAUCAGUGCUCUAAUCGAGGAGUUAAACAGUUUACAGAGGAACUGAGGAACUUUUCUGCUACUGAAGGAUAUUGCAUAGAAGUUGGCGAUGGAACAUGGGAUUCCUGGUUUCUGCCUCUUGAGGAACAGACCAGAAUUGUUUGUGACAAGGUAAAAGAAAUGGAAGAACUGAGACAAGGUUACAACAUUGUUGGUCUCUCCCAGGGUAAUUUGAUUGGCCGAGGUGUUGUAGAAUUUUGCAUCGAUGGACCUCCUGUUAAGAAUUUUAUCUCUUUGGGAGGACCUCAUGCGGGUACUGCUUCGGUGCCUCUUUGUGGUUCUGGUAUAUUUUGCAUUAUUGCAAACCAGCUACUCAAAUCAGAGAUCUACUCUGACUAUAUCCAAGCUCACUUGGCUCCCAGCGGUUAUCUUAAAUUACCAAAUGCAAUGGCUGACUAUUUAGAAAAAUGUAAGUUUCUUCCAAAGCUCAACAACGAACGACCGGAUGGGAAAAACUCCACUCUCAAGGAAAGGUUUAGUAGCUUAGAGAACCUGGUGCUUAUCAUGUUUGAGCAUGACACUGUUUUGAUACCUAAGGAGACCUCAUGGUUUGGUUAUUACCAAGAUGAUACCUUCAAAUCAAUUUUAAGUCCACGACAGACCAAUCUCUAUAAGGAGGACUGGAUCGGUUUGAGAGCCUUGGAUGAAGCUGGAAGGGUCAAGUACAUCAGUGUUCCAGGAGGUCAUCUCGGAAUCUCCACGAGCGACAUGAUGAAGCAUGUGGUACCUUACUUGAACAGUUUAGCAUCAACAGAGAUUGGAAAAAAGGAAGGUAAUGAUCCUAGAAUGAGUGGAGUUCAACAUGGAAUGCCUCUUUUGGAUGAGAAAGCAUCAUCUGAACUUGUUCUAGAAGGAUCAUCAUCAUACAGAUGGCCCUUACCAGUCAAGACUUUGUUCAGUGAACUUCUUGGGCUCACAGAAGACGAGUCACUGCCUUAGCCUUGACUAAAGAUUAAUUAUUAGGUGAACUCAAACAAUAAACUCAAAAGUUAAGCCAUAUGUACAGUAAUUGAAAUUUAUUCCUUGCCUGUCACUGAAAUAGUUAUACUCUCUCCGUAAAUAAAAUUGCUUGCGAUUGUUACCACAAAACAUAUCAUUUCAUAUUCUGAAUAUAUGGUAUUUUUGAGAAAACAUGGGAGCCAUGGUAUCUCAAAUUUAUCGUUGGAACCAA